AUGGGAUUCCAAACACCGGGGGUACUACCAGCCCAGCCUGUUGCAGUCAUUCAGGAUUAUGUGGGUCACUUAUCUCUCAGUGCCCUUCCAGCUCAGAGUUCUUCCCGUGCUUUAUCGGGUCAGGGCUCGUCUAUGCCAGGUCCUUCUACCAGUUAUCCUGGUCCUCGGGGCUCCUUUCAGUCCCCAUCACCCACACCAGGGAGUUGUUUAGAGUGCGGGGAGUUUGGGCAUGUGUGGAGGCAGUGUCCUCAUUGUCAGGGAGGUCCAGCACAGCAGAGGAGUCAGGCUGCGUCUUCUGCACCAAUUGUUACACCACUCGCUCAACCAGCUCGGGGUGGGGCCCAGUGCGAGCCCGCAGAAGUGGGAAGAGAUAGACGCAGAAGCAGGCUAGGUGGAGAAGGCAGUGGUAGCACGUGCGAUGUUCCUUCCGCACCUGCGAGGAUGCAGAUGCAGCGAGAAGGGCACAGGUGCGAAGUUUGA